UUUAUUGACGCGGUUAGAGAUGCGGUUGAGCUGUGUGAGGGAAGUUUCAAAAUUCUUGCUGGAGUCUUGUGCUCAAAAUGGCACAGUAGCAUUAGUCCACUCGAACGUCAGUUUGAGUUGUUAAAUGCGGUUGAUAUCUGUCAUUCGUUUCGUUUUCAUGCGCUUACGAAAUCAAUGUCUGCCGUCUAUAGCAUUAUUGAAGUGUCUCAGAAUGAGUUCCUUCGCGGGUCGUAUGAAGGAAUACCCAACAAUUUCCCUGGACCGCUUUGACAGGGAGAAUCUGCAUGCCAGAGCUUAUUUUCUGUCACACUGCCAUAAAGACCAUAUGAAAGGACUAAAAGGACCCUUGUUGAAAAGAAAGCUUAAGUUCAGUUUAACAGUCAAUCUCUACUGUUCAUUCGUGACCAAAGAACUAUUGCUCAGCAAUCCAAAAUAUAACUUCUGGCAAGAUCAUAUUGUUGCUCUUGAGCUGGACAGUCCAACCCACAUAUCACUGAUUGAUGAAACAACAGGAGAGUCAGAAGACGUUGUCGUCACUUUGCUACCGGCAGGACACUGUCCAGGAUCAGUUAUGUUCCUAUUUGAAGGGGGACAAGGAACAGUGCUGUACACUGGUGACUUCAGACUGGCCGCAGGUGAUGUAGCCAGAAUGGAGUUCCUGCACUCCGGGAACAGGGUCAAAGACAUACAGAGUGUUUAUCUGGACUCUACAUUCUUUGACCCAAGGUUCUAUCAGAUACCCAGUAGGGAGGCCUGUCUGAAUGGCAUUAAGGAGCUGGUCCAGGACUGGCUCAUCCAGAGUCCAUACCAUGUGGUGUGGCUCAACUGCAAGGCAGCCUAUGGGUACGAGUACCUCUUCACCAACCUGAGCGAGGAGUUUGGAUGUCGGGUCCAUGUGAACAGCCUAGACAUGUUCCAGAAAAUGCCGGAGCUCUUGAGUCACGUGACCACAGACCGAGCGACACAAAUCCAUGCAUGCAGGCAUCCGAGGGAUGAGGAGUUCUUCAGGACAAACAGGUUGCCGUGUGGCUGCACAGCCAAAGAUGGGAAGCCCCUCCGCAUCAUCAGCAUCAAGCCCUCCACCAUGUGGUUUGGAGAGAGGACCAGGAAGACCAGCGUCAUUGUCAGAAUGGGUAAAAGUUCGUACAGAGCUUGUUUCUCCUUCCACUCCUCCUACUCGGAGAUCAAAGACUUCCUGUCCUAUAUCUGCCCAGUGAACAUCUACCCAAACGUCAUCCCCAUGGGCCGUACCUUUGAGGAGGUUACAGAGAUACUUAAGCCACUGUGCCGGGAAUAUUCUGGAAGGGCAGAGAUUGUCUACAAGCUUGGUCUCCUGAAAAGGGCCAGAGAUGAGUCCACUUCAAGGGUUUCAGACAGUGACGAUGAGCUGUUUGAUGAGGUUGCCGUGGCGCCGCAGAGAAAGAAGCUUCUGACCAGCGAGAAGGUGGAGCCUCACUGCUGCGAGAUGCCAGCACCCCCUGUUGCCCUGAUGGACUUCCUGCCCGAGCCACGCCCCUCAGUCCACACAGCCAAUUACGCGGACUGCACAGAAUCUAACGACGACGACGAUGAUAAUGAAGAAGACGAUGCUAGUAAUGGUGAAAAGAUUGUCCAGACCCCUAAGCAGGAAGCUGCAGAGUGUCAGGCGUCCGGCGACACAGCCAUCGUUCCUUCCGCUUCCUCCAUCCCGCCUCAGUGGGACGCCUUCUUCAAGCCAGCGUCGCUCCCGACGGAUGAGAGCUCCGAGCCGGACAACAGCCAGAACAGCCUGGCCCGCUCCAGCGAGCGCACAUGCUCUCAGUCACCGGAGCUGUUCGACGAGAACGAGUGCGACUCGGACUCCUACCGCCUGUCGUCCUCGCAGUCCACCCACAUCUCCGACGACGGGGCGACGAACUACUCCGAGAUGGACACGGUCCUCAUACGCCCUAAGAUUAAGAGGGCGGAGUGCCAGGGCAGUAAUGAAGAAGGUAAGGCGGCAACCAAUGGAGAGUCAGGGGCCGAAGCGAAGUUACUUCCAGAGGUAAAGGAUGAUUUGAAUGACAGUCAGAAUAGCCAAUCAGAUGCAGGGAAGGACCCAGAGCAGAAACCUGAUUCGCAGGAGUCGUCUGACUUUGAGCUGCCGCCCACGCCCGGCUCCACGGCGCCCCGAGCGGAAGAACUGAGGGAGCUGUACCGGAAGCUGGCCGCAGGCGAGGAGCUUUUCCUCAGGAGAGGCAGCAAGGGCUCUGUCUGAGGCCCAGACCAGGCUGGAGGAGAACCUCCCACACAGUCUGGGCUUUUCUUGUUGUACUCAUACCCCCCCAACUAUCCCCACUCACAUGGAAUAUUAUGGUAUACACAUACUAACUACAGUUGUUGUCAUUGUUCAUAACUGAUGAAAUUUUCUGUUUCUAAUGAAACAUCAGGAGGUAUCCACAUGGCCCAGUCUGAGGGAUGUUUAACUGAGCUUUGGAGCUAUUCCUUAGAAAGGGCUCUGAAGCACAAACCAAGCCCUAGGAAGCCUUCCCCAAAGACUGUUUUUGGUACAUGUUCUCCCCUCCUUUUUACAGGGGGACAGUAUUACAAAACUGUAUUAGUGUUUUCAUUGUUCAUAAUUGAUGAAAUUUGCCAUCUUCUGAUGAGUACUUUGUUCAAAUGUAAUACGUUGGAUGGCCCAGCAAAUGGUGGUACUGUUCCAAGCACCUUUUACAUUCCUGCUCUUAAGAUUUGGGCUCAGUCCCAAACUAGGCCCUGGAAAACCUCCCACAUAGACAAGGUUAUUUUUGGUACCCUGAUAAAUUUGGAUAUUCUACAAACAUGCAGACUGGAUAGCUUGGGUAAACAUUUUUACUCAAAACUAAUGAAAUGUGUUGUUUCCUCUAAAUUACGUUAUAUACCUCUAAUUUAUACUAUUCAGUUCCAAUGAAGUAAGUGUCCUUUUUGACUGCUUUGUCAAGUAGUAAUACUUGAUAUUGGUGCCUGCUGUUUAGGGUCUUUUUCAUUCCUGUUCUCUUGCACUUUGACUAACCUGCUACCUCCUGAAGCUGCAGUCACCACAUUGCCUACCUGUCGUCUUUUUUUUUUAUACAUCUAGUGACAGUUGUUGAAAUGGCACUGAUGUUCUUUGCGUUUUGUUUCACUAUGUGCAAUAAAAUGCUCAA